UUUUCAUUCAAAAUUAGUUGUGAAUUGCAUACUAUGCCUUUUUAUAAAACGCAAAUUUCAAAAAUCUUUCACAGGAAGAAAAAUGCAAAAAUCUCCCCCAACUAUCAUCUUUUUCCAGAUAAGUUUUUAAAAUUAUUUAUGGCAAACCCGUGAAGUUACUCAAAGUUUUGCAAGUGGCUGCUUGCUGACACAAAAAAAUAAAAAUUAGAGAUUGUGAAGCACAUGACUUUUACAGUGUUAUGACCAUUAUGCCCUUUCUUAUUGACCCAUAUACUCUUGACCAGUUGUAAUGGUUUAGGAUUAUAGAACCAGAUCUUGACCCAUCUCCGAUCCAGAAGUAAAAGAACAAUUUUCGUCUUUUUAAUGAAUUUAAAAAGCUUGUUAGUCCCAUUUCUUCUUCACCAUUCCUUAUUUUUUCUUAAAAAAAUUAAAAUUUUCACCCAUCACCUUUUACUGACAGAAUAUUCUAAUAUUUUCCAUUUUUUGAAGUUCGAAUCAGAUUAAAAUUUGGAUUUAGUUCUACAAUCAACAAUGGUAAAGGCUUCUAGUACUUACCAGCCUCUUUGAUGCAUCGAUGGCUUGUGUACUGCAUCGCACAACUAUUAGCAAAAUGCCCCUUCCAUAAUAUUGAAUCUCAGAUUGCAUGGAAACUGAAACUAAUUCGUAAGACCCAAAUGUGUAAGAAUUCCAGAGGGGGAAGUACAAGAAUGUGUAUAGAAAAGCAAAAGAAGAGACCUAGACCACGUGGAUAGAAAGAUAUAGAAAUAUCAAAUAUGUUAUUUUAGUCAUUGUAGGACACUUGUGGGGUAAGCAAUUCCAGAAUACAAAAGAGAUCAAGCAGUGAACCAUUUUAGCAAAUCUGCAAAAAGUUGAUAGUUCGGUACAAUGUAAAUCUUAAGCUGAAGAGCAAUGUACAAUAUUAGAAGAUUGUUUAUGCUUGUAUCAUUUCACUUACUCCUGUUGCAGAAAGAAGCAUUGGAAUCAGUCAGGUCAGUUGCACGAAAAACAAAAGAAAUCAGGGAGGUAAUUCGCUUGCAAGCAUUGAGCUGGCCGUUCUACUAAUGGUUGCUCGGGAAAAGGUUAUGGAACCAAUCACCUUUCAGGGCUGUAAUAAUUUUACUUCAAGAGGAUGUAUGACACUUCGUGAAUGUGUUGUCAUUGAACUUGCGGCUCAUAUUGGUAAUGAGUAUAAACUAAUGGGUAGAAGUAGAAAGAGAAAGUACUCAUUAAAGAAACAGAGAAGUGAAGAGAUGAAGUUGUCUCAAAUUCAUGAGGAGUUGAAGGAGGCGAUGGUGUCCACACUACUGUUACUUGAAAUUUUUGAGAGGGCUGGUGAUAAAAUCGAGGCGCAUUCUCAGUUAGAGCAACCUAAUAAGAGCCAUCAAAAUUGUGUGCGCGGUAUUCGCAACAAGGCGAUUUUUUCAACAGAAAUCAAAAUCCCACGUUUAGCUUUCCAGGUGCGCGAAACUAUGUAACCUUCGGAGGUGGGUCAACAGUUGGACUUCUGGUUUUCAGCCACUAAAUGGACGUCACUCAAAAGCGAAAUUAUGUUCAAGAGUUCCCGGAAAAGGACAUCAUCUUGGAAGUCUUCCUUCAACCAAGGGAUUGGCUAACUGCUUGUCAUUGGUAAGGAGAGGUUUUAAAUUGUUGUAGAUUUUGCUGUUAGGCUGUUCUGCACUGGAUUGAUUACUCGUACGUGUGACAUUCUAGUGUUUCAAUAUUAUGUCAACUUUGUCUUUGUAUUUUGGGGAUCAAUUACAUAGAAUUUGAGUUUGGAUUUGCUUGGAGCAAUUUUUUUUUUUUUUAUUCUCUAUUUGAGAGGUUUUAAAUUGUUAGUUAGAUUUUGUUGUUAGGAUGUUCUUGAUUACCAAACCUCAAAAAGAAAUUUGUCAUUUAG